AUGUGCGCGUUGCUGUCGAGCUAUCGAAUAUUCAUCCUAUGGGUUGUGAUGCUGCAACUGUUCCAAACAUCUAGUGGUCAGCAGUAUACCGGAGUCAAAUCUGUAUCAUCAUCUGCAGAAGUGACACGUGUUUCAGCUCAUUCGGCUCGAUCAGUUGAUGGGAGAAUUCCUGUGACGGACAGCAACAUUAUCAAUCUUGCUAUUACACCGAUUAACCGUAGUCAAAGCUUUUCUGCAGCUAAAGGACGCAACCUUGGCUUAGCAAAUGAUGCCUCUUCCUUCAAUACGAUACCAGCUGGUGUCAAUAACGAGUUGUCUAAUAUAGACGUUCGUGGGCUUACACUACAAUCCAACCCGAUUUUGCGUGAUAGCUAUGGUAAUCCUGUGACACCGUUCACGGAUCUUGCCAGUGCAGACUUGGAACCAAUUGGUUUUAAAACAAAUGUUAAUCGAGGCUCUAACUUUCAGUCUCCAAGCAAUGGACAGAUUGGACAGCUUAACUUUAAAGUUCCUAGCUACGCUUCCGGUAUAAUCGAGCCGAUUGUGCAGCCGAAUGUUGCUCUGUUACCGCCAAAUCCGGAACCUGUUGAAGUAGGUGCUCCCGUGACUACCACAACGGCAAAACCCCUUGAUGCUCAACAACAAUUUUUACCCUUCGCAAAAAUUCCAACCGUCGAACAAGGCAAAAUACUAUUUGCACAAAAACCAGUGAAUGGCUUGUUGCCUCCGUUGUUUCCAGAUCAGCUGCCCGUUGUGUAUAAUGUUGAAGUGGAUACGGAGCGAUCGUCAAUCUUCGUGCGUGAUCCUUUUGAAGGAUCUAUUAAGACAUCAUCAACGCCUCAAUCGCUAAAUGCGCAGAACUCUGCAGCAGUGACGAAUGGUGAAGUUGGAUUUAAAACUGAUGUUACUCAGCAGGCACAAUCUCUACAACCAACACUGGGAACGGCAAAUAGGUUUCCAGGACCACUUCCGGCUCACAAUAACCUCCCCAGCCAUGCUCUGUCCGAAACUACCACAAAACCCACAUUGGUUCAAAAAUACAGUGGAGGAUUUGGAGGCUCAGCCGGAUUUUUAGGUAAUCAACAAAACAUUGGUACAGCUUACACAACGACCGCAAAACCAAUGCAAUUUCCAACGGUUCAGUCAGUAACAAAGAUUCAGUCACUUAAUCCUGUGAAACCUCCGAAUACAUUCUCAUCAACGGCGAGACCAAAUGAUAAAUCGACUGUCGAUAAAUAUGUCGGCAGUUUUGGAGGAUCACCUGGGUUUCUCGGCAAUCAAGCUACUAUUGGAACAGCAUAUACAAAACCUUUACAAACAAAUUCUCCCCCUACCUUCAGUAUACCGGCGACUCAUAUCUCCCCACUACCAUCUUCUGCGCAACAAUUUGGUUCUGAACAUUCUGCACCUGCUCCGGUACCUGCUAUCCACACAAUAUCCGCUGAAUCACAACUACCUAUUGUUGAACCGACAUCAAAUAAAUUCACAGGGUCGUUUAAUGCAGGAAGCCACAGCCAUAGCAUCGCUACAAGACCAACGAUACCGUCAAUCGUGUCGCAAAAUCCCCAGGCCGUGAGACCUUUUCCGGUAACGAACACAUUUAACGGGGGCAACAAAUUUAACGGAUCUUUCGGAGGUGCACCAGGUCUUUUAGGCAAUCAGCAACGACCAGGCACACACGUCACACCAAGUGGUACAGCGGGUUCUUCUGCUCAGCAGAAUGAACAGCAGAAAUUAGUUGGCCAGUACUUACAACAUACCAAUGCCUUUACUGAAUCGUACAGCGGUAUUUUCGGAGGUCCUCCUGGUAUAUUACGUCCUUAUGAUAAUAAUAAGGGAUAAAAUAUGAUUUUAUUUUAUUUUAUCGGACGGUUAUAAAUUAUCGUCGUUUUGAUAUUUUGUGAGAAAAAUUUAAACUUGUAAAACUAUACACCUUAAUGUAUAACAACGCAAUAGCUAUUAGACGAUAUAUUAGACGAAAAAAUAAAAUAUGCAGUUCGAAUGUGGUUGUAUUUAAUUCUAAA